UCUUUCUUAUUUCUUCCAAUUUCUGCAUCUUCUCCUUAACUUAAUUGCUUCUCGACAACAAUUCUACCAUGGUUCUAUCCAAGACAUUCUCCCAAUCCGAUGUCUCGGUCCAUUCAACAUUUGCUUCCCGAUACGUUCGGGAUUCUCUUCCACGGUUUAAGGUUCCAGAGAAUUCGAUUCCCAAGGAAGCCGCAUACCAGAUCAUCAACGAUGAACUCAUGUUGGAUGGGAAUCCUAGGUUGAAUUUGGCCUCGUUCGUUACAACAUGGAUGGAACCUGAGUGCGACAAGCUUAUCAUGGAUGCCAUUAACAAGAAUUACGUCGACAUGGAUGAAUACCCUGUCACCACUGAGCUUCAGAAUCGAUGCGUUAACAUGAUUGGGCAUCUUUUUAAUGCACCACUUGGAGAUGGGGAGGCAGCAGUUGGAGUUGGAACAGUAGGAUCAUCAGAAGCCAUUAUGCUUGCAGGUUUAGCAUUCAAGAGAAAAUGGCAGAAUAAGAUGAAAUCCCUUGGUAAACCCUGUGACAAGCCUAACAUUGUCACUGGUGCCAAUGUUCAGGUGUGUUGGGAGAAAUUUGCAAGGUAUUUUGAAGUGGAGUUAAAGGAGGUCAAAUUGAGAGAUGGCUACUAUGUCAUGGACCCUGAGAAAGCUGUGGAAAUGGUGGAUGAAAACACAAUUUGUGUUGCUGCAAUUUUGGGUUCUACUCUUAAUGGAGAAUUCGAAGAUGUCAAGCAGUUGAACGACCUUUUGAUGAAAAAGAAUCAAGAAACUGGGUGGGACACACCAAUUCAUGUGGAUGCAGCAAGUGGUGGGUUCAUUGCACCAUUUCUCUACCCAGAACUUGAGUGGGAUUUCAGGUUGCCACUAGUGAAGAGUAUUAAUGUGAGUGGGCACAAGUAUGGACUUGUGUAUGCUGGAAUUGGAUGGGUAAUUUGGAGGAAUAAGGAGGACUUGCCUGAAGAACUCAUCUUCCACAUUAACUACCUUGGAGCUGAUCAACCCACUUUCACACUCAACUUUUCUAAAGGUUCUAGUCAAGUAAUUGCUCAAUACUAUCAACUCAUUCGUUUGGGUUAUGAGGGGUACAAGAACAUCAUGGAAAAUUGUCAAGAAAAUGCAAUGGUACUCAAGGAAGGCUUGGAGAAAACAGGACGCUUCAACAUUGUAUCAAAAGACAAUGGUGUCCCAUUGGUGGCAUUCUCUCUCAAAGACAAUAGUCGUCACACUGAGUUCGAGGUGUCUGAUAUGCUACGCCGUUUUGGAUGGAUCGUCCCCGCCUAUACUAUGCCUCCAGACGCACAACAUGUAACAGUUCUUCGAGUUGUUAUACGCGAAGAUUUUUCAAGGACUUUAGCCGAGCAUCUUGUCAUGGACAUUCAAAAGGUUUUAAACGAGCUCGAUAUGCUCCCGGCUAGAGUUACUGGGAAAAUGGUUGCCAUCGAAAAGCAUCCCCGGAAUGGUGUCGCGGUGAAGAAAUUGAAGAGUAUUGCACUUUAGUACAGUGUAAAAAUUCUUGUAAUGUCGUUAAAUGUUCUGCGAACUUUAAAACUAUCUCAGAGUUUGCAAAAAUAAAAUAAAUU